UCCGUUUUUCGAAUCUAAGGACUUCUGAGAAAUUAUUCUUGGGAUUUAAAAAAAAACAAAAAACAGUCAAUUACAGCUCUACUUUUGUGAUUUUCAUAAAAGAAAGAGGGAAAUGGCGUUAAUCUCAAAUGAGAAAUUGGAGUCAGCUCUUAAAGAAAAAUUAGACUUUCUUGGCUGUCCUUAUACAGAAGAAAUAGAUGAAGAUGCAGUUUUAAAUCUCUUAACUAACCCAGGAGAAAUUCGACUAAAAAUACUUCAUUGGCUGUUUUGUAGAUAUGACUCUGAACUUGCUGAGUUUCUAGAACCUGGAUCUAAUUCUUUAGGAGCAAGAAAUGAGUCUAGAUUACAAAGACUGUUAAGUGCUGCACAUGCUCUCUGUCUAUGUGGCAGUAAUGAUGUUGAACUUAUCAAAGGAACUGCUCCUUAUAAUGACCAGAUUGAGUUUGUGAAUCGAUUCUUAGAUUCAUUGUGUUUUAAAGAAAAGGGUUACUCACUUGACAGUACAUUAUACACAAGACCAGAUAUGUACAAGUCUCAGUUGAAUAUGUUGAUAACACAAGAUGGAUUCCUUACAAUGUUUGAUAGUUGCACAAAUCUUUUGCCUAGAGACAUACACAUGGAAGUGGAUAACCUAAAGAUGAAACAAAGAAAGACAAACAAGACUCAGACAUUACAAGAUUUAUUGACGCUCUCAGAAACUUUAAGCUUAGACAUCCAGACUAGUCAGCAGAAGUUGAGUGCUUUACAAAAAGAGAUGACUCUGGAAGGGGAAGACAAAGACCAAGAAGUUCUCAUGAUGUCACAUAUGUUGUCUACUAUUUUAAAAGAACUCUGGCAAUUGUCAGAUGGUUUCAAGCAAUGUUACAAGUCCAAUAUAAAACAAUGGUGCAAUAAAUCACCACCGGAACUUUCUCAACUUGGUGAUACUAUACAAACUGUACAUGGAUGUCUAGGCAAUUUUACAAGGCUUCUUUCAAACAUGAAUGAAAUUCGCCAGACGCAAACCAAAAUGAAUAAACUUGUCAAGAAAGAAUUCACAGGUUUUCCAGUCACAAUAGAUGAAGCAUCUAAAGAAAUUUCAGAAAGUUUGCAACAGUGCCUGAGUGUGUUAGAAGAAACAUUACACCGUUGUGAUUCUAGAUUUAAAUCCAAUCAGCCAACAGUACUCACUGUAUGAAAAUAACUUUUUGUUGAACUGGCCAAUUAAAAAUAAUAUUAUAACAAAUGCAAUAUAGAAAUGCAAUUCAUUUGUAAAAAAUCAAGUCAACAAAGCAAGUGAACAAAUUUCCUUUUAAUGUUAGAACCCACAGUGCCUUAAGUUAAUAUAAGUAAAUUUCCCCCAUCUUUCAUUAUUGAACCAGGUCAACAAGCAAAACAUAGUAUGUAUAAACAAUAAUGUAUAAACAAUUAUUAAAUAUUUCAAUAUGGUGAUAAUUUCAUUGUUGUUAUUUGUGUCUGAAAAGUUACCAGAAACUAGAAAUAUUGAAAAUUUGUGGCUCAGAAAAAUCAGAGCCUAUCUAAACAAAUACAAGGUAUGGAGUGAGUCAAAUCAACAAACUUGACAUUGCAUGUCCUUGAUUGUAUACUACCUAUGAUAUAUAGGAUAAAAUUUGAUAAACAUUAACAAUAUAAAUUUACAUAAGCCAGGGUGUUAUGGACAUAAAAUUUAAGAAUUAAAGAGAAAUUAGUGAAAAUUAAAGGACAUGUAGAGUCACAAAGCAAAUAAAGAAUAGCAGUGUAAAUCCCACAUUUAGUAUCUUUAUUAUUUUUAACUUUGAACAAAUGUCAACAAUUGAUUAAAUUAAUACUUUAAUAAUACAUAAAUAUAAGUUCUACAAUGUCUCAAAUAAUUUAUAAGGACAACCAAGUUGUCUUCACAGAUUUUUCAGAGCAGAAACAUUCAAUCAAUGAAAAACAUAUGUGUUGCACGCAGCCAAUGGAAGUUUCUAAACUAUUGAUACAAGUAGAGACCUUUCUUACAGCCUUAAGUUAUUUCUAUUCUCACAUCAAAUAUUUAUUCACACAUAAGAAAUAUGCACAAAAAAACAAAUGAUUUCAAACAACAAAAAUCUUGAAGAAAAAAAUACUGAAACCAGUAUCAAAUGUAAAAAAAAAAGUGUAUGACUUUCAUUUUUUAUUUCUAUAUUUCUUCCUAAAACUGAUGUGACCUUGUUGGCACAUUUUACUAUAGUUCAGUCAACAUUUUGUUUAUUUGAAUGCAUAGCUCUGAAAUGUGAGCAAAAAAUGACUUGGAAGUGUUCAGAAUAUUGAUAUGGGGCAUUUAAACAAAAUCCAUUUUCAAGAAAAUUAUCCUUUUUACUAAAGAAAAGUUUACUAUUUUCUUUUUUAAUUGUAA